UAUGUCGACGUGUGGCUGGACACUAAGCUGUCUUUUUAGCUAGCUAGCUUCAGCUGUGUUUCUUACAAAAGUCAGAUUAGAAGAAGACGUCAGAGUUUUGUAACAACUGCUGAUCAUGGCGGACGACUGGGAAGAAAUUCGGAGACUGGCCGCAGACUUCCAGAGAGCGCAGUUUGCUGACACAGUGCAAAGGUUAUCGGAGAGGAACUGCAUAGAGAUCAUUACAAAGUUGGUUCAGAAUAAGAAGCUGGAGGUGGUGCACACUCUUGAUGGGAAGGAGUACAUCACCCCAGCACAGAUCAGCAGAGAGAUCCGCGAUGAGCUCUACGUCCACGGAGGUCGAAUCAACAUUGUGGACCUCCAACAGAUCAUCAAUGUGGACUGGGUCCAUGUUGAAAACAGAGCAGGUGAAAUCGCAAGGUCAGAUAAAAGUGUUCGGCUUGUGCUGGGACAACUUAUCGAUGAUACAUACCUGGACCGUUUAGCUGAAGAGGUGAAUGACAGACUGCAGGAGGCUGGACUGAUCACAAUUGCUGAACUGUGUAAGAGCUAUGACCUGCCAGGGGAUUUCUUAACUGAGGAACUGUCAAAGCGUCUUGGGAAGCUGAUUCAAGGAGAGGUGGACCAGUACAACAGAGGGGUCAUAUUUACUCCCGCUUUUGUUGCACGACACAAAGCCAGAAUACAAGGGCUCUUCAGCGCCAUCACAAGACCAACACCCAUCAGCAGCAUGAUCGGAACCUUUGGAUUCCAGGAACAUCUUCUCUAUUCCGUCUUAGAGGAACUGGUAAAUAAGAGACGACUGAAAGGAAGUGUGGUGGGAGGACGGCAGGACAAAGCUGUGUACAUCCCUGAUAUAUACUCCAAAACACAGAACGCUUGGGUGGAUUCCUUCCUUCAGCAGAACGGAUAUUUAGAGUUUGAUGCUCUGGUCAGACUGGGGAUCCCUGAGCCUUUGAGUUACAUUAAGAAACGCUUUAAGUCCAACAAGCUGCUGUUCCUCAGAACAACGUGCGUGGGUCAUACACUAGUGGACCAGGUGGAGGCCUCAGUGGAAGAAGCUGUCAGCUCAGCCACAUGGACUGACAUUCAGUCGAUCCUGCCCUGCUGCCUAUCAGUAGAGGACAUUGGGAUAUUGAUCAACCAGGCUCUGAGGAACACUAACGUCCAAUCCUGUGCCAGAGUGCUGGGCAGCACAGUGGUCGUCAGUGAUAAGUUCAUCAGCAGCUGUCUCUCUCUGUUCGAUGACACCAUGCAGCACAAAGCUCAGAAGGAAGUCAAGAACAAUCCAGUGUUCCUAAUAACUGAAGAUGACCUGAAGCAAGUGUCUGUGCUGACAGAGAGCUCAGCCCUUUCUAAAAAGGAGAAGAGGGAAGCUGAACGCAGGAAGAAGACUACAGAGGGCAGUGGCAGCGUAAAGUCAGGAGGCGGAGGCAAUGCCCGAGAGAUCCGGAUUCGUAAAACCAAGAAAAAAGGCAGGAAGGAUGAGGACAGUGACGAGGAAACUGGACCUUCACAGCAACAUCGCAGCAAACAGACUGAAGCCCCCUUUAUGGCCCAGGAGGAGAUCGUAGCAGUGUUACAGCAGAGGGUGAGUGACUGCCCUGAAGAAAUCUUCUCUGAGCUGGCAGAGCAUUUAGUCAGGCCUCUCACUAAAACCUAUCAGGAGGUCCUGCGGACAGUGUUUGCGUCAUCUACCAGCUCUCUAACAGGGGCCAACAAAAAGAAGAGCACCAAAGAUCUCCAGGAGGAGAUCACUAAUCUGUUCAACAACAUCCGGCUGUUCGAAAAAGGCUCCAAGUUCUUUUCUGAUGAAGCCCAGGUCCACAUUGCAAAACACGUGCUAAAGACCGUGUGCACAGACCUCACCAACAUUCUGGUGAACUUUCUGGCUGCUGACCUGAUGAUGUCUGUGGAGAACCCCAGCUCCAUCACCAACGAAGUCAGACUGAAGAUUGUGGGCAAACUGCCAGAAGAGACCAGGGGUCCUCUCUUGAAGCUGCACAACUGCCUGAAUGGCAAAUCCAUCGAAGACUUUAUGAUCAACCUAGAGACGUGUGCUGAAGUGUGUGGAUUCAUGCUGAAAAAGGGAGACAAGAAAAAGGAGAGACAGGCCCUGUUCCAGCACCGCCUGGCUCUCACUGAGCAGCUGAAGGAAGCGGAGGACCCGGCUCUGGUUCUCCACCUGACGUGUGUGCUCCUGUUUCAGGCCAGCACCCACUGCAUGCUGCACGCUCCUGGUCGCUGCGUGCCUCAGAUCAUCGGGACGCUCACAGGCCGAAUAGCUACGGAGCACCAGCAACUACUGUCUGUUUACGAGAGCCUGGUGGUGAAACAACUGGUGAGCCAGAGUCAGAGCCAGAAGCUGCAGCAGCUGGAGGAAGAGGAGCAGGCCGAGGCUCCAGACGAGGAGGCCAGGAGCAUCCGAUCCCAACUCAUACUCAUGACCCCUCAGGUGAAGGAGCUGGUGUUGUCGCAGAGGAAGCCAUCUGUAUCUGAGGACUGAGUGUUUACAAUACCCAGAAAUGGAACUGUAUGGAGUUCAGUAAUUUACCCAUAAUCCUGAAUUGUUAAAAAGACUUCUUGAUGUCUCACUGCAAACAGUUAAUAUGAAAGUCCCCAGUGAGGAGCCCACCUUUCUCUGCUCCCAUAUAUAUUUUUUUCAUUUUCAUUGUUGUGGACAAAUUUAGACAACUCAAAACUAUGAAAAAUAUUUGUUUUUAAAGGCAUUUAAUUAGUCUUGUUUCGUCAACAAAUGUGAUCUCUUUAAAUUUACAACUGAGCAAAUAGAAACCAAAUUCACAGGUGUUCUGUAAAAUGUCAUGAAAUGAAAUUAAAUGGCUGCCUUCAAAUUUCA